ACACGACGCCAGGCGCACUUCUGCGCGUGGUCGCAUGCUAGCGCGUGUUUUGACAGCGUUCGCGAGCUGCCGUGGCACGUACGAGAAACGGCACUGCACAUUCUUCUGGCGUAACUCUUCCUUCAAUCCUUUCGUCCGUUACUUCAGAAUCUGCCAUCGGAUUUCGCUAAAGUGUGAACACCUGUGUCUCGGUGUUUCGUCGAUCAAGUCAGCAUGAGCAUUGUCAUGCUUCAACGUUCAAACCCUUGCACAUCAACCGGAAGUACCGUGUGCUGAACGACAUCAAUCUGCUAGCGAGUAAAACCGAGAACCAAGCUUUCAAAAAAGAAACUAGCACCACAGUCAACCGAGGUCUUAGAAUGUGGAGCUCCAUCAAGAAAGAGGCAUUCACCAACUGUGCCGACUUCUCCACGGAAGUGGGCAGCCAAGAAAUGGACACUAAGGUACACCCUGACAAGGCACGUGGAUUCCACGAGCAAAAGAACGUGGCGUCAACAGGUUUGUGUUCUACCGCCGACCAGAAACCAGCAGUGGACGUCACGCAUGGUCAAAAAGCGCCCAACACCGUAAAAGUCAUAGAAACGAGACGUCCUGCAAACAAACGAUCGCACGUCUGCUGCUCCUGCUUCAAAUCGUUUGCCAACAACAACAGUCUUCAGCGCCAUUUUCGUACUCGGUGCAAACCCCGCUGCGCCGAAGUUUUCCCCUACGACACAGGCAUCGCUGAACAUAAUGCUGCAGUGCAAGUUGUGAGUAGUGAAAUGUUCAUUUGUGAACACUGUUCCAAGAGCUUUUCCGGGAAGGCAGAUUUCAAUCAACACGUCGACUUAGAGCAUGGAGUCGAGCAGACCAGUCACAACUGUUACCUGUGCCCUGAAGCAUUCGACGACGCACUCUCACUGCGGACUCACCUCAAUGCCCACGUGUUAGACUCAAACAAGCAACAUUCCGAUGGCCUGAAGUGUGAACGCGUUGAACAUCAUGACGAUUUGUCCGAACCGAACUACAGCUGUAGCGUCUGUGGUGUAAUGUUCGCCGACGACUACAUCCUUGCCGAGCACGUACUGAUUGCACAUUCCCCCGAGCUGCCGAGUGCGGACGAGAAACCAUUGUUGAGCGACCUUUGUCUUGAUAUAUGUGAGGUGGUGGACAACCUUGACGAUUCAGUCGACGAGUCGUCAGGCGUACCAGCCCAUAACUGCAACCUUUGCCCCGAAAGCUUCGAGGAUGCAUCCAGCCUCGCGGAGCACGUCCAAAAUGACCAUUUCUGUGCGAGUUCUCCUCUGGGCAAAGAACAGGAGGAGGAUGCAAAUCGUCACCAGAGGACAUCUUUCAGGAUGGCAGCUCGCCAGAACAAGAAGCCUGUAGCUGGCAUUCACCACGCGUGCCACCUCUGUCCUGAAGGGUUUGCCGACAGCACCACUUUGCAACGGCAUGUUCGCACAGUCCACAGUGCUGUUACAAAGCGUUCGAACACGAAGUCUCCCAGUUCCAGCAAACGGAGCGGCUUCAAAGAGACCCAUUCCUGCAAUCAGUGUUCCAAGAGCUUUCGCUCGAAGGGCCACCUGACGCGACACCAGAUGACGCACACAUUGUCAAGGCCGUUCAGGUGUCACCUCUGCCCGGCGACGUUCGCCCAGAAGGGCAUCCUGAAGCGGCACAUUCAGAGGCAUAUUGGCUAUAAGCGCUUCACGUGCCCGCAUUGCUCCAAGGGGUUCCUCAUCAAGGCCGAGAUGCACAUUCACAUACGCACACACACAGGCGAACGGCCAUACGUCUGCGACGUGUGCCCAGCAGCGUUCUCGGCACGAGACAACCUGCGGAAGCACGUGGCCACUCACACAGGCAUUCGGCCUUUCUCUUGCCCGCAGUGUCCCAGGUCGUUUGUCAGGUACCAGGACCUCAAACGUCACUCACGGAGGCACACGGGGGAGCGGCCCUUCGCAUGCACCUGGUGUCCGAGGACGUUCACACGCCGGAAUCUGCUUCGUGAACACAUUGAAGCUGCCCAUCAGAAUAUAACUUCUGUCACGUAACUUUUGUGCUGUACCUGAAGUCAACUGACUGACUGCAACUUGUCUGUGAUACUUUGAACGGGUCUACUCAUUAGCUGGUAAAAUAAUGUCUUACGAAAAGCGCUUUGCAGCUGUUGUCAACUUAUCAUUGGUCCACUGUGCCUUUUUAGUGCAAAAUGGCAACAUAAGACAGACGAGGGGACAGCACACUUUGCCCUGUCAUCUGUCUUGUGUUGUCAUUUUGCACUAACAAAGCACUAUGAAUUCACACCAUCUAGCCCACCAACGCAUUGUGUUGAAAUAUCGGUCACCUCUAUGCUCAACGUGCACAUUGAUCCUCAAGUAACUUACCUCUGCUGAAGAUGCAUGAUACCUAGACAUGCAGAGGUCUCAAAACUGGAGGUGGUGAGGAUGGCUUGAUCAUUUUCAUACACUUCAUUUCAGAAGUGGGGAGGCUGUGCCCCAAACACCCAACCUCACCUUAGUAAGGCCUGGUUUUCGACAUACAAAUAAUGAACCUUAGUACAAGUUGGCAAAAUUAGCAAUAGCUUCUGCCCACCCGCCUACCACACUCGCGCUAAUCCAGAGCCCUUGUUGCCAUGUCCUGUCCACGUUUCUCUUAUUAGUGCUGGCAAAUUGUGUGUCAACACGAGCCCAGUUUCCUCUACCCUGCUGUCAGGCGUCUCAUGAGUGUUUUUUUUUUUAACAAGACAAUUCUAUGUAACACAGCAAUAAGAGGCUAAAGCCAUCUCUGAAGCUGUGAAGCUGUUCAGUGGUAGCGUGGUUUUAGGUAGUAGUAGCAUGGUUUAGAGAAGUCAAGAGAUGGUCGACUUCUAGGGGUUGUCUUGAAUUCUCAAGUGUGCUCCUGCUAAGAGGAAAUAAA